AUGCGGUUCGGAAAGACUCUCAAGAACACGGUGUAUUCGCCAUGGAAGGGCAAAUACAUUGACUACAACAAGCUCAAGGCACUGUUGCGUGAGAAUGAUGUCACUGGCGACGCCAGCGACUCCGAUGACAGUCUUUGGACUGAACAGGAUGAGGAGGCCUUUGUGCAGGAACUGCUGAAUGUGCAGCUGGACAAGGUCAAUGCCUUCCAAUCGGAGACCUCCCAGCAGCUCCGCGAGCGCACAUCAGCCUGCGAGGCCAAGCUGCGCCCAUUGGCUCCGUCCGGAGAGCAAGAGGCCGUCGUUCUUGAACAACAGGAAAAGCGCAAAAUGGCGACCGAGAUUCUGCAGGAGCUCGAUGGCAUCACCAAAGAGGUUAGCGAGUUGGAGAAGUACAGCCGCAUCAACUUCACCGGCUUCCUCAAGGCAGCCAAGAAGCAUGACCGCAAGCGUGGAGCUCGGUACCGCGUCAAGCCAUUGCUGCAAGUUCGCCUGUCGCAGCUUCCAUUCAACUCAGAGGACUAUUCGCCUUUGGUCCACCGUCUGUCGGUGAUGUACUCCUUUGUCCGUGAAACUCUGACGGAUGACAUUGUGCAACCGCCGAAGGAGCCUGAACGUGGCUUUGGCCGUGAUGUCUAUUCCUCCUACAAGUUCUGGGUCCACUCGGACAACGUUUUGGAGGUGAAGACAUACAUCCUCCGUCGCCUACCAGUCCUGAUCUACAACCCGGGCACCUCAAAGAAUGUGGAUACCCUCGACGAUCCGACCAUCACCUCCCUCUACUUUGAUAACCCUCAGUUUGACCUGUACAACCAGAAGGUUGCCCGUGCCCCCGAGGCUGGAUCUCUGCGGUUGCGCUGGACGGGACAGCUGAAAGAUAAGCCCUCCAUCUACUUGGAGAAGAAGACUGUGACCGACUCAGACAGCAGUCGGGAGGUCAAGGUGCAGCUGAAGGAAAAGCACAUCAAGGAGUUCCUGGAUGGCGAGUACCACUUGGACAAGAAGGUUCAUCGGAUGGAGGAUAUGAACAACGGAGAAUCUGCGGAAGCGGAAUCUCUCAAGAAGGAUGUAGAAGAACUGCAGUCUUUCAUCAAUGAGAACAACCUGCAACCUAUGGUUCGGGCCAACUACACCCGUACCGCCUUCCAAAUCCCCGGCGAUGACCGCGUUCGCAUUUCCAUGGACACCAACCUCGCCAUGAUCCGGGAAGACUGCCUUGACCCUGAGCGUCCCUGCCGAGACCCUUCCGAGUGGCACCGUGCCGACCUCGACGAUGGCGAGAUGUCAUACCCAUUCAGCUCCAUUCGAACUGGCGAAAUUGUCCGUUUCCCGCACGCCUUACUUGAAAUUAAGCUGCGUGGAAAAGCCCACCAGGCGGAGUGGGUAAAUGAUCUCAUGGCCUCUCAUCUGGUCAAAGAUGCACCCCGCUUCUCCAAGUUCGUCCACGGUGCUGCCCAAUUAUUUGAGGAUUCCGUGAACAACUUCCCGUUCUGGCUGGGAGAACUUGAGAAUGACAUUCGUCGUGAUCCCGAGACCGCAUUCCAUGAGGAGCAAGAACGACUGGCGAGGCGCAACGAGGAUGACAUCGCCGUUGGCAGUUUCCUAGGUGGCGCAGGUAGCCCAAGUGCCCAUGCAUUGGCUGGAUCUCCCUUCAGUCGGUGGUCCGAACCCAGGUCUCACACAGUGCUUCGUAGGCCUUCUGGCUUCACCGAAGUGCCGGCCAACCGCCGUCUCUCUCAUAUUGAGCCCCAGCGCCGUGAGGUGCAGCCUCAAGCCCCUGCCGCAGCAGUGCAAGAGCCUGAGGAGAAUGAGGAAGAACAGUCUCGUUUCACCUCCAUCUUGAAGUCGUUGGGCAUCUCGAAGCCAUGGACUGGGCGGGAGAUUGUUUCCUUGCCUCCUGGAGUGCGAGACCCCGGUGUCUGGAUCAAAGACACUGGUCCCGUUCGCGUGGAAAGUAAGGUUUGGUUAGCCAACCAGCGUACCUUCAUCAAGUGGCUCCACAUCAGUAUUCUGUUGUCGAGUUUGUCACUGGGUCUGUACAAUGCUGCUGGCAAGCACAACAAAGUUGCCCAAGCCCUUGCCGUUGUGUACACAUUCUUUGCCCUGUUUUCCGCUGCCUGGGGCUGGUACAUGUAUGAGAAGCGCUCUCGGCUCAUCCGCCAACGGAGUGGCAAGGACCUGGACAACUUGUUCGGCCCUCUUGUCGUAUGCAUUGGUCUUGCUGCUGCUCUUGUUCUCAACUUUGUUUUCAAGUACAAGGCUGUUCUUGAGCAAGCCCACAACAAUGACCCCUCUCGUGGUGUCCCUGUUUACAACAACUCAUCUUCCCUGUUCGCUGAGCAAACCCCGUGGAGCGCAAGCAACCAGGCUCAGCAAAUUCUUUAA